UUUAGGGUUCAACCGUUCAGUAACAGCAAUGGCUAGCAUGGCUUCGGUGGCGAGGGUGGCUUCCAGGUCACUCGCUAAUCGUUCCAGAAGCUUCUCUCAGAAAUCAUCGAAUACUCCGUUUCUGUUAUCUUCACCUUCUGCAACACGCAUCCCUCGUGCUUCGAGGAUUUUGACGGUUAUUGGAAGCGUUGGUUCUUUGAUGCCUCUUCACAGCGCCAUCGCUAAUGCUAGGCUCACUUCAAAUAUCGCCUUGGAUUCCACUUGCUGGAGCUGGCUUUCUCAAGGUUAACAGGCCAACUCGUCGGCGUUGCAACACCAUAUGACUUGAAAAAACAUUGUGACAGGCCUGCUGGAUCCAUUCAAGAUGAAAGAAAAAAUGAAAAAGUGAUAAUCAUAGAUUUUCUUUUCUGUCUCACCCUAGGAUGAGAAAGGAACUUCAAACAUUGAAAUUUUGGUUAUUGUAUUGUGCACCAACUGCAGACUUGUAUGGUUGAAUUUCCUUAUUUUCCUGGGAAUAGAUGACCAACAUGCUGAUAAUUACACUUUGUCCAAAAUUUUCUUGAAUGGGUUUGUAAGGAUUAACAAUAAGAGUAAGUUUCCUUGGGGAUGUUAAAAUGAUGCUUCAGGGGCUGUAAUAAUUAUAAUUUGUUACUUGCAUUGAUAAUCAAGAAAUUAUAGAUGUUGAUUUUG